UUUUUUUUUGUGGCCAUCUUGAAGGUUUUCACCAGCGUUUCUGCCUUCACGUUCAUUGCAAAGGAGAUCCGGUCAGGACCAUCUAUUUCAUUUUAAUCGUCUCUUCCAGGGGAGAAUGGGCUGAGUUAUGCUCUGCGGUUCGCCUCUGUCUGUUGAAGGAAGCCCCGUCGUCUGCGAGUGCGUGUAGGUGGAUGAUUUCAGCGUGAUUUCUGGAGCGAUGUCUGCCGCAGAAGGAGCGCACAGCCCGGACAGACUCAAUCAGUUUGAACGGCUGUCUGGAAGGCCUCCGCUAAGAGCCGCAGGCUCUAAGAAGAGAGUUUCCUGGGUACAAGCUCGAAGACUCCUUGGCCAGCCCUGCCCCAGUCUACGGAUCCCUAACAGGUUUUUAAGAGAAGGUCACAGAGCCCCACCAGCCCGGAGCGGCCAUCGCUGUGUGGCUGACAACACCAACCUCUAUGUGUUCGGAGGAUACAACCCCGACUACGACGAAUCAGGUGGCUCAGAGAACGAAGACUACCCGCUGUUCAGGGAGCUGUGGAGGUUCCACUUCGCCACAGGGACAUGGCAACAGAUCCGUACCGAGGGUUUUAUGCCUACUGAACUGGCUUCAAUGUCAGCUGUUUUGCACGGAAACAACCUGCUUGUGUUUGGUGGGACUGGAAUCCCGUUUGGGGAAAACAAUGGAAACGAUGUUCACGUUUGCAAUGUUAAAUACAAACGUUGGUCCCUCCUCAACUGCAGGGGCAAGAAACCCAAUCGAAUAUAUGGACAGGCGAUGGCCAUAAUCAACGGCUUCCUCUAUGUAUUUGGAGGUACGACAGGCUACAUCUACAGCACAGAUCUCCACAGACUCGAUCUGACGACACGUGAGUGGAUUCAUCUGAAACCCAACAACCCUCCAGAUGACCUGCCUGAGGAGCGAUAUAGGCAUGAGAUAGCCCAUGAUGGACAGAGGAUAUAUAUUCUAGGAGGGGGAACUUCCUGGACUUCCUACCCAUUAGACAAGAUACAUGCAUAUAACCUUGAAACAAAUUCCUGGGAGGAAAUCACAACUAAGCCUCAUGAAAGAAUAGGAUACCCAGCCCCUCGAAGAUGUCAUAGUUGUGUGCAAAUUAAAAAUGAUGUAUUUAUAUGUGGAGGUUACAAUGGUGAAGUAAUACUGGACGACCUGUGGAAAAUCAACCUGCAGACGUUUCAGUGGAAUAAACUACCUGCAGUGAUGCCUGAACCUGCAUACUUCCACUGUGCUGCUGUUACCCCGGCUGGCUGCAUGUACAUCCACGGCGGCGUAGUGAACAUCCAUGAGAAUAAGCGGACUGGUUCCUUGUUUAAGAUCUGGCUGGUUGUACCCAGUCUGCUGGAGCUGUGCUGGGAGCGUCUGCUCAAAGCCUUCCCACACCUGGCCCAACUUACCCCGAUACAGCUGCUAAACUUGGGCCUCACCCAGGAACUCAUUGAACGCUUGAAAUAAAGAGGCGAGGGAGUUGCGAGCGUGAGAGACAGAUCGUGUAUGUACUAUGUGUGUACCUUUUUAUUUAAAUUAGUUUUUUUCGUUUUUUGAAGCUGAUCAUGGGCAGGACGACGGCACUUGAAGCCAGCUUGUGGACGAGAAGAACAGGAUCAACUAAGGAACCCCAUCCUAACACAGCCCGCCUUAAAACCAAAAACUGUAGGAUGCCUUUUUUUUGUUUUUGCGUAUGCACCUUUUAUUGAUUUGAAAAUCAAUACAAAACAUAAAUAUCCAUUAGAAGGCCCUUUUCUCAAACACUACAGGUCAGUGACCUGAAUGAAAGCUGUUGUUUUCUUUUCUUUCUUGAGAUUGUAAUAUUGUUAUUUAUUGGCCUUCAGUAGUGAUAUGGGGGACGUGUUGAGUUGUUUUUACUGAUGUAUCUUAAUUCUAUCUCCUGUCAAAGAAUUAUUUAAGUUUUAUGAAUCACCAAACCAUGGCAUGAAUAUUCAAUCAGCAGUGAUGUAAUCGGGGUUUAAUUGGCAAUGAACUGUUUGGACGUCUAAACCGACUUAUGCAGAAUUAUUGAUGCCUGGGAUUGUGAUUUAAGGUUUUACUUCAGUGAAAAUGGUGCAAAACAGUGUUGAGAAGUUGAAUGUUUUAACAAAAUGGGUUUUCACAGAGAUUGUUGAUUUUUAGGUUGAAUGCUGUUGCUCAGAUCUGCAGUUUCAUCUGCACUUAAGGCACAAACACCAGACCAAGUAAUGUUUAACAAAGCUGUACAGUCAUAGCAGAGCUGUUCCCAUGCUUCACCCAGUUUUGUAAACCAAUCGUUACAUCACUGUGAACAAGGUGCUCCUUAAUUUACUUUUAAUGCUUUUACUGAAAUAAAAUGUUUUUCCUUAAA